AUGCGGUUUAUUCUCCCUGUUUGUGUUAGGGGAGAAGCGAAGCGGAAGCAAUCUCCUGAGUUCACGCCAUCAUGGGUCCCAAUCCAACUCUGCACUUUCCUUUUCUCAUUCAUCGUAGAACUUUCUGGUGGGACUCCAGUGCUGAAAGUCAACCAUGGCCUGGGCACUGUGGAACUGCACCUGCCGAGUUAUGUGAACCUUACAGACAAAAAGUGGCACCGUCUCGAAGUGAGAAGCAGCCGGCAGGAUGUUCGAUUCACCGUGGAUCAUUGUGGAGCUGCAGUUGUGUCAGAGAUAGAAGGGGUAGGAAAAUGGUUGUCGACCGAGGACCGAACAAACUGUGAGGUUGUGGCCUUUGUUCCACAGUCAAGGAGGUACUUGAAUAUGAACCAGGUCCUCCAGUUGGGCGGAGUAAAAGAAUCUGUUCCAUAUUCGUACCCCCAGUUGCGGCACAAACAUUUUACCGGCUGUAUCCGGAGUCUUGUUUUGGACACUCACGUGUAUGACCUUGAGUCUCCAGCAGAGUCCCUGAAUAGUUCUCCUGGCUGCACCUGGACAGACGGCAGCUGUGAGAAGAUGGGCUCCUCUCCCUGUGGCCUCCAUGGGCAAUGCCUUGGCGAGUGGGACUCGUUUACCUGCCACUGCCUGCCAGGUUUCUAUGGCUCCAAAUGUGACAAAGCCGCUGAAGAAUCUUCAUUUGGGCCUGGGAGUCACAUACGCUAUCAGCUUCCCGUCUCCAUACCUGCCCGCAGAACAGUAGCAGAUGCCAUGAUAAGGAUGCGAGAGCCCAACGGUAUCAUCCUGAGCAUGUCUUCCCGCAACAAGGAUGAACACAUCACCCUGCAGGUGGUCCAGGGGUUCUUAGCAGUGUCUUACAACCUGGGAGAUGGAGAAGCUGUGGUGAGCCUCCCCUACUACCAAGUGGAUAAUGGAGAGUGGCAUCACGCUUCCCUCGAGAGAAAUGAGAACGAGUUCAUUCUUCGCCUGGAUGGAGGAGGCGGGAAGAGAGAAAUCCUGAAGGCAGCCGGCGCCUACAAAGAGAUCAUAAUUGAUCCCAACAGCUUGGUGGUUGGCAACACAUACCCUGUCAAUCAGAGCAGCAGUUUCCAAGGAUGCAUGAAGGAUGUCAGAUUCAAUAACUACAGGCUACCUCUAGAUUCUUACCCUAAGGAGCUUGUGCUGAGUGCCCAAGGAGUGAGAAAAGGCUGCCUUUCCGAAGCUUGCAAGAGCAAUCCCUGCAGCCAGCAAUUCAUCUGCAUUGACUUGUGGAUGAUGCAUGAGUGCAGCUGCCCUCCAGGACACAUGUUGGUGGAGAACGUCACCGGCCGGCACUGUGUUUACACGGCAUGUGCUCAGAGGCCCUGUAACUUUGGCACCUGCAUCUCCCAGUCGGCAAGCAAGUUCCGAUGCCACUGCCCCGACGGCUACUCCGGCCGCAACUGUGAAAUCACACUAGCCAUCUUCCACAAAGACGCUGGGCUGAGCUUCAGCUCCAUGUUUGCCAUCUGCAUUUGCUUCCUGGCCCUACUAGUUCUGCUCAGCGGUGUCUUCCUGUGGACUCGGUGGAAGAGCCACAAAAGCAUGAAUGGAGGAGUUUACCACGUCACCACCUGCCACGAUGACUUGGAGGACAUUCGAGAGAACAUCCUCAACUAUAACGAGGAAGGGGGUGGGGAGCAGGAUCAAGAUGCUUACAACAUGGCGGAGCUCCAGAUGUCCCUUCAAACCAGCCCAGCCUACUCCCUUUACAAGAAGAAAGGAAAGCGGGCAGAGCUGCAGAGUCCCGUGAGCUGCGACCUCCCAGCCAGUCCAAAGGAGCAGCUGGAAGCCCUGUCCACAGGACUGGGCUCUUCCUUCUCCAGCAUCGACUUUGGAUGCUACCUUUCAGGGGUGGUGAGAAACAUGGACCAGCUGCACCAUGCCCUGCCCUGCGAUUCCUUGCAAGUCUUUUACACGGAAGGAGAGUGUUCAGAAGCCAGCAGCCUAAGUUCCCUGGGCUCCGGUGGAUGGGAGGAAGAUACAGCCUACGGGGAUAUGAAAGAGUGGGGGCCGAAGUUUGAAAAACUCAGCAAACUCUAUUCUCAUGCAGAGCCUGAUGAUGGUUAGGCUGCUGAUCUCAUCUUU